AUGAGACUUCUUCAUGUUGGAGAUAUUAAACAUCGUACUGAAGAAGAGCAUGAAAAAAUAGAAAAAAUAGUAGCAGCUUAUAAUUCAAUAGAACAGAAUGAUGGCGAUUAUGAUAAGACAAAGCUUGAGCCUCUAAACACUAAGCAUUUAGCCUUGCCCAUAAAUUUUGUUACGCAGUUCACUUUACUGUCUUGUAAAAAAGAAACUCUUGCUUUGACUAUAACUCCAGUUUUUUUUUACAACCUACUGGAUUAUUUCCACACUUAG